AUUUUCGGUUUUUAUUUUUGUGACCCGUUUUAUAUACACGUCGUGACGAUUGCAUUACAGAUUCGCCGGUUUAAAUUUUUGAAGCAAAAUGACAAAUGUAAAACAAUCUGUAGCUGAUAAUCCCAUUGUGUUCUUUGAUAUAUCGAUUGGGAAUGUGGAAAUUGGGAGAAUAAAGUUUGAGCUAUUUGCAGAUGUUGUUCCAAGAACUGCAGAAAACUUCAGGCAGUUUUGUACUGGAGAAUACAGAAAAGAUGGAGUGCCUAUUGGCUAUAAGAACUGUGUUUUUCAUAGGGUAAUCAAAGAUUUCAUGGUGCAAGGUGGGGAUUUUGUCAACGGAGAUGGAACAGGGUUGACUAGUAUUUAUGGUGGAUCCUUUGCAGAUGAAAACUUUAAAAUGAAACACACUGGACCUGGUAUACUUUCAAUGGCCAACAGUGGUACAGAUACAAAUGGAUGUCAGUUCUUUAUUACUUGUGCAAAGUGUGACUUCUUAGAUAACAAACAUGUGGUAUUUGGUAAAGUUGUUGAUGGGCUGUUGGUAUUGAGGAAGAUAGAAAAUGUGCCUACAGGUCCAAACAAUAAACCAAAACUUGCUGUUAUAAUAAGUCAGUGUGGGGAAAUGUGACACUUAAUAUAAAUCAAUGUGGUGAAAUCUGACACAGCACAUAAAUAAAUCAAUGUGGUGAAAUGUGACAUUUGUUAAGUCAUUGUG